CCAACACCCAGCGUUCUUGAAGUUGACGAAGACCCAUUGGCACUCCGGUUCUACUUCAUGCUGCCCAAGCUCUGGGCUCAGAUUGCAGUGAAGAGCAACACGUACCACCGUCAGUCCAUUCCCGAGCGCGCGAGGGCGAUUCGAAAGCAGCAGUGCAACAAGAGUGGUGGCGAAGCUGAAGACCUCGGCGACAUUCGGCGUCGCCUCGCUGGUGUCAAGGAAAUUGAAGCCUAUGAGGUGCUGCAGGUGAUGGGCCUGCUCAUUGCCAGGAUACUGGCACCGAUUCGCAAGGGCAUUGCAGCGCAUUGGUCAGUGGCGAAGGUGGGCGCCAUGCCUGCGAAUCGCUUGAGCCUGUUCAUGAGCAAGAACCGCUUCUUCCACAUAAUGGGCUACAUGCACUUUUCCAACAACAAGUCUCCGAACGCUAAGACCGACAGAGCCUGGAAGAUCCGUCCAGUCGUCGACGUGCUACAACGGACCUUCGCCCGCGGUUACCGUGUCCCUCCCAUCAUCAGCUUCGACGGAGCAACGCUGCCGUCGCGUUCCCGAUACAACCCCACUCGGCAGUUCAACAAGGACAAGCCCCACAAGUGGGGGACGAAGGUGUUCGUCGCUGCGUGUGCCAAGACAGCUUACUGCAUGAGGUGA